GCCAUCUCGAUUUAGAACAAUUUGUUAAUCCUUCAAACUUGGCAGCGCUGGGCGAAUGUAAACAUACAAGAUGAUAGGCAGCACAUCAGCUUACUGAAUGUGAAAUGUCAAAUCACACAUAUAAAAAAUAUACCCUCAAACGUUGAUAUGUCAUACUACCUGCAAAAACCUUGUUUAUGUUCGACUUGUAAACAUGUGUAGCAUUUUCGCUAGCAAAUUGCCGAUAAUUCGUAAGUUAUAUCUAACGAUUUUCAAAACAAACAAGCCCCAUUUAUUUAGAAUGUCUGUCACAACUGCUAACGCUAUAAGCCCCAAACGUUUGCGAACGGAGGGAGCCCCUUUAACUAUAGGCACACAUAGUGGCACCUUCCAUUGUGAUGAGGUAUUAGCUUGUUUUAUGCUUAAACAAUUGCCAGAAUAUGAAAAUGCCAAAAUAUUAAGAUCACGCAAUGAUGCCGAACUGCAUGAACAUUGUGAUAUUAUUGUGGAUGUGGGAGGCGAGUUUGAUCAUGAGAAAAAGCUUUAUGAUCAUCAUCAGAAAACUUUUCAGGAAACCAUGAGUAGUUUAAGACCCGAACUAGGAGAUCAGUAUAAAAUUAGAUUAAGUAGCGCCGGUUUAGUUUUCUGUUUUUAUGGAGAACGUGUUAUAGAUCAAAUCCUCAAAAAGCAUGCCAACGUAUCACUCAGUCCGGAAAAUUUAAAAUUAACAUUUAAACAAUUGUAUGCCAACUUUAUAAGUGAACUUGAUGCCAUUGACAAUGGUGUGCAAAUAUGCCCCGAUGGUAAGGAACCUUUGUAUAAGAUUUCCACACAUUUAUCGAAGAGAGUGGGUAAUUUCAAUCCCGGUUGGGAAGAGGAAGGCACCAAUGUGGAUGUCAAUGCCCGUUUCGAAGAAGCUAUGGCUUAUGCAGGCAAAGAAUUUAUCGAUAAUGUGUUGUCGAUUGGUGGUUCUUGGAUAAAAGCUAGAGAAUAUGUACGCACUGCUUUGAAAACAGCCAAAGACGUUUAUGAAAGUGGUGAAAUUCUAAUGUUAGAAAAGUUCUGUCCCUGGAAACAUCAUUUAAGUGCUUUGGAGAAGGAAUUUGAAAUGGAGGGUGUACCAAAACUUGUAAUUUUUGUGGACACCUCGGGUGGUUGGCGUGUAGCUGGUGUUCCUGUAACACCUGACAGCUUUUUGGGUCGUAAGUUUUUGCCUGAACCUUGGAGGGGACUAAGAGACGAAGAGCUUUCUAAGAUGGCUGGUAUUGAAGGUUUAACAUUUGUACAUCACACAGGAUUUAUCGGUGGGGCGAAGACAAAAGAGGCAGCUGUAGCAAUGGCUAUUAAGAGUGUUCAAUGGAGUUCCUAGUAAAAAGUAAUGAAAUUAAAUGAAAAAAUAAAAACAAUUUAUUAUGAAAAAUGUUGGAAUACAAAACGAUUUUAACUAAAUAACAUGAUUAGUGCAUAUUUUGUGAACAUGAUAAUCAUAAGAUUGUUAUAAUCUAACAUGUCAAUCUUUCAUCUUAUUAAACAAUUCUUUUAGUAAUUAUUAAACAUGACUUUGUUUUACAUUUGUUUGAAACAAAUUAUUUUAUUUUAAUUAAAAAUCUUUCUGCCUGAAACACA